CCGGGCGGCCGCCGGAGCUGCACAGCCAGUCACCCGAGCCCGCAGCGCCGAGGGGCGGCCGGGCAGCGCCGCCGCCAUGUCGCUAGGCACCGCGGAGCCGGCCUCGGAGACGGGAGAUGACAGUCUAUCUGCAAUUACCUUUGACUCUGACUUUGAGACGAAAACAAAAAGGAAAAGUUUCCACAAACCUCCACCCACAUCACCGAAGUCGCCUUAUCACCCUAAGCCGAGAAAAGUGGCAUCUUGGAGAUCUUUGAGGACAGCAGCAAGCAUGCCUCUUGGUAACAGAAUGUCCUUAACCCCACAGAGACUGUGGCUGGGAAGCUCAAAGCCAGGAAGUCUGACCCAGCCCCUGAAGUCAGACGUGACCUUGGAGCAUGCAUGGACCACCCCCCCCAGCAGCACACCCGACUAUGUGACAGAAGCUUUGAGAAUGAAGAGGUCAGAUCUCAGGCGUUCUGCCAGCAAUGGUCACGUUCCCGGGACCCCGGUCUACAGAGAGAAGGAAGACAUGUACGACGAGAUCAUUGAGCUGAAGAAGUCACUGCACAUGCAGAAAAGUGAUGUGGAUCUCAUGAGAACAAAGCUUCGGCGCCUAGAAGAGGAAAAUAGCAGAAAGGACCGGCAGAUAGAGCAGCUUUUGGACCCCUCCCGAGGCCCUGAUUUUGUUCGGACUCUGGCAGAGAAAAGGCCUGAUACUGGCUGGGUCGUUAACGGGCUAAAGCAGAGGAUUCUCAAGCUGGAGCAGCAGUGCAAGGAGAAGGACAACACGAUCAACAAGCUGCAGACUGAUAUGAAGACCACUAAUUUGGAAGAGAUGAGGAUUGCCAUGGAGACUUACUACGAGGAGAUCCACCGUCUCCAGACCCUCUUGGCAAGCUCCGAAACCAUAGGAAGGAAGCCUCCCGGGGAGAAGAAAAUGGGCCUCAAAAGGCAGAAAAAAGUGAGCAGCGCCCUCCUGAGCUUGUCCCGGAGUGUCCAGGAGCUCACGGAAGAGAACCAGAGCCUGAAGGAAGAUCUGGACCGCGUGCUGAGCAACUCCCCCACCGUCUCCACCGCGAAGGGUUAUGUGGAAUGGAGUAAGCCCCGGCUGCUGAGACGGAUUGCAGAGCUGGAAAAAAUAAUAAGUUCGAUGGAAAGCCCCAAGUCCCACACUUCCGAAGUGGUCAACUCAAACGCCGUGGUGCCCUCUGCGUCCAGCUCUGCUGUGCCCCGGCAGCCUCGAGGUGACCGGCAGGAGGACAGCGAGCGUCUCCGGGGGGCCAUGCGGAGCCUGAAGAGCGAGCGGAACGCCCUACAGAUGCAGCUGCAGGAGAAAGAGUUGGAGGUAAAGCAGCUGCUGCAGACCAACGCCGAGCUGCGGAAGGAGCUGGAAGGUGCGAAGGGAGGUGAAGAGGAGAGACGAGGGAGAGAGGAGGCUCUGAGAGAGGAAAUUCAAACACUUACGAAGAAGUGUCAAGAACUGGAAGAAAUCAGGAGAGACGAGAGAAACAACCCCGUGGAGAGGAGUCCCGAGACCCCAGAAGAACCCCGACCUUCCCUUCCCACCAGCAGGCCCUCUCAGCAGGACUGGGAGCCAGAUACAAGCGAGGAGGGCUCCCGGCCCCCCUCCAGCUGCUCCGAGGGGCGAAGAGACACGGCAGCCAGGAUCCUGCAGACCCGGUGGAAGGUGUACCGACGCCAGAAAAAAAAGGCUGUUCUGACUGAGGCGGCUACAGUGCUCCAGGCAGCUUUCAGGGGACACCUAGCACGGGUGAAGCUACUGUCAAGCCAGGCGCGUGCUUCAGGAUCCCCCGGCCCACCCAGCUCGCCCAGCCAGGACCCUCUGCCACCACAUGUUCCAAGCCCUGCCGUCCAGGCCGAGGAUGACCCAGGGCAGGAAGAGGCCAUUACCACCAUCCAGUCUGUCCUCCGGGCACACCUGGCACGUGUCGGGCACAGUGCUUCCAGCCCGAGAACCGCUGCAGCGGCUUCUAGGAGGAGGAGUCCCGCUCUGGCCAGCCCCUGCCAGCUGCCGGCUGCACCCUGCCCUGCUUCUCCUGGUCAGGAGGACAGCGACACGAGCAGCGGGGAGAUCGUGGAGGGGCCGGCGGCUGAGGACGAGGCACCAGGGCCAUGGGGGCCAGGGAAACCAGCAGCCCUGGCGCCCUGCUCUGGGCCGCCCUCUCCCUCAGGACCACGACCCCAGCCCCAGCCCCAGCCCACGGAGCCUCCGCCCGCAGAUGACAGCAGCUCCGAUGACUCAGAUGAGAUUGUCGUGGCUCCUUUGCUGCCCACGAGGAAGGCCACCACCCCACCGUAGGCCAGCCCUGGGUCCUCGCGCGGUGCCGGCUCCGCGGGGGAGCUCAGGGUUUUGAGGAUGAGGUGCGCUCUAGAGGACAUAGUGACCAGAAUUGGAAAGUGAUUUAUCCUGUUAGGCAAGAACUACCUAGUCCACAGCUCAGCACUCUCUUGGGCUUUUCUCUUCAGUGUGGUUUUGCCGCCUGUGUGGCGGUUUGUGUAGGAAUCCUGAAGCCUUUGCUUCAUGUCUGGGCUGGUUUUCAGGGUCAGCCAGAUAGACAUGUGUGUCCGGGAUGGAGGCAGCCGCGAGCCGGGCAAACACACGCUCCGGGUGGCGGCUUCCUGGCUGCCGUUGGCCUUGAGCUAGGAAGAGCGGCUCUGUGUGGAGCCGCCCAGCAAUACCUCCUUCUGCCUGCCAGCAUCUUCUCCGACACCAUGUGCCCUGACCUCCACCCAGUAAGUAGGUCAGGCUGGACAUGCUGGGGCCAUGCCUUCCGGAAGAGAGGGACGUGACCGGCCUGUGCAGGGCAGGCUCUCCCCACCCCCCGUGAUGGGACAUGAAGAUGUCAGGGCCCCAAGAUAGGCUUGGGCUCCUCGGGCUGCUCCUUCCUGUGCCUCUCCACACAGACCCUCAUCUGCCAUCGUCCCCACCUCCCCAGGGCGCUGUCCCCAUGAGCUGCUAUGCCCAGGAGGGAGUCUGGUGGAAUUUUGAGACUUGCAGGGGGGCCGGCUGUCCCCAGGGCCCGAGGAAGGGGCAGCGGGGAGCCCGUGAGC